UCGUCGUUAUAAUAAUUGUGAUACUAUUUCGUAUUUCGUGAAUCAGCGAAAAUAUUUUAUUCGGUUGCAGAAUUCUCACCGGAUUUGGGUGCUCUGUUCUAGGAAGCGUGUUCGCCGGACUUCAUCCAGUUUGACCUCAGCUCGGCCGUCCGAUUACAACAAUUACUUGAGUGUGUGUGUUGCGGGAUAUGGCUCGUAAAAUUAAAGAAAAUAAAAACAUGGCUCCAUCAGCUCUGUUACGGGAAGAAGACGAUAAUCAACGUAAUCGGGUUGAGAACAAUCGGGCAGUUGAAAGAAGACGAGUUAAUAGUAGAAUGCGCGCACAACAGGCAUUGCGACGUUUGAACCAAUUAAGAGCUGAGAAUGAAAUACUUGUAGAAAAACAACAAUUUUUAGAAAAAGAAUUAAGAUUUUUGAAAAAUCUAUUCAUGGCAGAAGCUGCUAGAAUAUCACAAAUUGACCUCCCCAAAUCUGUUCUUAACGCAUUACUGACUGACACUACUUCAGACAUAUUAGAAAAUGAUUUAACAAAACUUCAAUCUUCAUCAUAAGUAUAACAUAAUUUGUUUUAUUUCAUGGGAACAGCAUAUUUUAUAAGUAAAAUUUAAUGUACUUAUGCCGGGUUGCAUAAACAAUUUAAGAAAUUUAAUGGUUCUCUAAAAUUUAAUGGACUAAUCAUGGGCUAAUAAAUCUUGUUUAAGGGACUAUUAGCUUACUAUUAAUUCUUUAAAUGUUUUGUGGAACCCCGCAUUAGUCACAUUGAUUGUCCCAUACCCCCACACAUAUUUUUAAUUUUUAUAGCACAGUAUUAAUGUAGAGAAUAUUAUAGAUAUGUAAUUACCUACACCUUAAAUGUUUAUUACGUUGUUUAGGUUUCUUUUUUUAGUAUUUUAAAGUACUAUCUAAUGUUAUAAAAUUUUUUCUAUAUAAUACACUAGUUAUAUAAAUUCAGCUCAUCUGUCUCAAUGAUAUGCUCGUUGGAAGAGCUUGCAACUUAUUUUUUUUUUUCUAAACCAUGUACUUUGAUGUUGCAAAAAUGAACAAUACUUGUUUUCAAAAUAUGCAACUUGUAAAAAAUAAUAUUAUGCAUUAAUUACACACCCGCAUGGAAAAAAUAAAACAAAAUAUGAAUAUAAUAUUGAGUAUUUAUUUAGAAUUAAAGAAAAUUAUUUCAAUUUUUGGAAUCUAUUUUAUACGCCAAUAUAAUAUGUAUCUAAGUGACAUACAUUCAGCUAUCUUUAGUGUCCUGCUACACAGACAUUGGUUGUCUCCGUCUUACAAGUG